AGCGACAGCCCCAGGCCGCCGUGGCCAGCCGGCCAGUGGCUCUGUGCUGAAAUGGGGGUGGGGUCACCCUCUGGCCGAGGCCCGGUCCUGCUGCAAGGGGGGGGGCCGCCCCAGCCUCAGUGCCCCCGCGGCCCUCCUCCCCUUCCCGCUGCGGCCUGCUCAGCGGAUUGGCCCACACUGCUGCCUCCAGACACCUGUCGCUGUCUGUCUGGGGGCCACCCUCCCCGGGCUCCAUCUGUCCAGCGGGCUCACUGCGGUGACUGUGGAGCCUCCCCCUGCCCAGCCCCAGAUCCGAGGUGCUCAGACGUCUCCAUGACAACCAGGGCCUUGCAGGAGCUGGAUGGAGGCCUGGGCAGCUGCCAAGCAGGCGAGGACCUCUCCACACUGGCUGACCCCUGCCCUGACCAGCCCCAGGAGGACAGGGCUCAAGCUAUGCCCAGGCUGGCCGACUCUAGCGGCUGGCCCCAUGUUUCUCAAGCUGAGGGCAGCCCCACAAGCAGUGUGGAUGCCAGACCCAAGAAGACAGAAAAGGAGCCCGUGGCCAAAGUGGCCCCAGGACCCGGGAAAGAGAGGCUGAAAGCAGGAGCAACGCCCCGGAGCCCCGUGCGCAAGAAGGUGCAGGCCUCACCACCCCCGGCCCCGGCCCCGGGCGAGGAGCUGCCCUGGGGAGACCUGUCACUCAACAAGUGCCUGGUGCUCGCCUCAUUUGUGGCGCUGCUGGGCUCGGCCUUCCAGCUGUGCCGCGAUGCUGUGGCUGGGGAGGCAGAGGCCCCUGCACCUGUCCCUGAGCCGUGGGUACCUCCAAGCUCUGCCCCGGAGCCAGCGUCAGCCCCGUUGCGCCCGAAGCCCAAGGCCUGGGCGCCCCCAUCGGGACCUCGGGCGCCCCAGAUGGAGAAGGAGGAGAAGGCCGAGGUUCCAGCAAGCCGGGAGAGUGCCGGGAAGGCUGCUGGGGAAAAGCGCGCGCCCAAGGAGCCUCCACGCAAGGAGGAGAGGCCUCGAAAGGAAAGGCCGCGGAAGAAGCCGCGGAAGGAGGUGAGGCCUCCGAAGCAGGAGAAGCCACCGGCCGCCAGGGAGCCCCGAGCAGCCCUACCCCGGCGCUGGGAGCUGCGCGACGGGGGCCAUCGGCAUUGGAUGCAGGACUCCCGAGACCCGGGACACAAAAAGAGUCAGGCCUGGGACUCCCUGCGGCGCCCCGACACGGACCGGCCUCCCCGACACCAGAAGCACCCUGCGGGCAAAGGGCGGGACUGAGCCAGGCCCGGGUCCCGGGACACAAUCCUGCCCCCCCCCCCC